AUGGUCAACUAUACUCCCCCACCAGAGGAUCUCUCUCGACUCAACCCGAUCCAAAGAUACAUGCAAAAGGGUUCACUCGAUAGGCAAGACUAUGUCUGGCUGUUCAUCCUUGUUCUCGCCUAUUUCACGGCGCGACCAUAUAUCCAAGAAAUGUUCAAAUGGUGGUUCAAUCACGACGAACUGAAAGACGGAGAGCGUGCCCGCCAUGAAUACCUGCAAUCAAAGGCAAAAGUUGAGCCCAAUAUCAUUCGAGGAACUGAGUCGCAAGAUCCUAUUACGAUUCCAGAGAAGUCUGGAGACGCUACCACCACGGGGAGCAGCCUGGACAAGAGAGACAAAGCUAUGAAUCGAAAGACCAAAGAAAAGUCCGUAGCAGAAAAGUUAUUGGAUUGGGACGGCGAGCCGGAGAGAGCGCCCCUCGAAGGAGACAAGUCAGACGUCGUCGCCUGGCUCGAUAAAUGGUCCAAUGAAUGA